AUGAUAAAAGUCACCUCCACCGGACGAGUAACCAAUUUGAACGGCACCCUGCGGGGCCACAAGGACGCCGUUUCCGGACUGGAGGUAUUCUACGUGCCGUCCUCUUUGGCAGCACGUUCGGGAGAACGCGAAAUACAGCUCAUGAGUCCUACCCUUACGAGCAGCGACGAGUCGGGCUGGAUAUACUGGUGGGACCUAACGUCGCGAAGACCGCUCGGUGUUUGGAAAGCUCAUGACGGGAACGUUCUGACUAUCAAGCAGAUGGGAUUGGCCUGGGAUCGAGGCUCACCGGUGCUUGAUAACAUCUGGUUUGGAAAUUUGCUUUCGCAUGGUAAGGACGGAGAGCUAAAAAUAUGGCGUAUUUUUGAAUUCUCGAACGAUGCACCGCACAUAUUCAAGCCGACGAGUGUAUUGAGCAGACGAAUAUACACAGAAGGUGGAAGCACCGCUCAAUGGCCCACUCCCCCGGUAGCAUUUCAGAUGCCUAUUAAUGUGAUGAACUUCUCAAAUGUGGAUAUUCGAAACGGCGUUCUACUGGCCCCGGGGACCCAGGACUCCGCCAAAUUGGACAUUUACCGCAUAGACGUUGAGAACAACGACCUGAAAAGACUGUGCAAAGCCGUCGAUCCUUUGGAACUUGCUGGCCAAAAAAAUAUAGACCUCAAUGUUCACGUUUCUCCUGAAAAUUCAAGCAGGGGGUUAGGCAUUGUCAUGAAACUAGUCUGGCUCGACGACGAAAAAUUCGCAGUGGGUUUUGAAAGCGGCCAUGUGAUCACUUUCGCACUAAAGGGCGAUAAAGUUGACAUCCUAGACUUCGACUCGCAGCACUAUCCCAAUCCUAUACUGGCUCUUUAUUAUGACCACCACAACGGCAACCUCAUAAGCACAUCUUCAGCCGACAAAAUUGUGAUCCAGUCCCAACACCAACACAGUGCCUUCAGGCUCAAACACAAGGGCGUUGCAGACGUGAAGACCAUGGGAGAUUUAGUUGGAAUGGUGACAUGGGAUGGUUACUCGAGAUUUUACAACUACGACGACGAGUCCAUCUUGCGGUUCCAAUUCAAGCUUCAUAAAAUGGUGCCAUCGAUAGCUGCCACAAACAGCACUGUCGAUAUUGCCGAGAAUGUGCGAGAUUUGCAACAACGAGCUGCUGUGCUUGCAUUCAGUCAGACUCAGGCCUUUUCCCGCUCAGCCCUGGUUCAUACGAACGGGAUGGGGAAGAAUAUUGUUCGCAGGAGGGACGAGAUGAAUCUCGUGAACAGCUUUCUGUUCAUUGGCUACAAGGAUGGAAGGAUAGCUAUAUACACCAUUAAUGAAUAA